AUGGAAAAGUACCAGAUUUUGCAGGAGCUGAGUCCUGGGGCCUUGGGGGUGAACCUGGUGGUGGAAGAAACGAAAACCCAAGUCAAGUACGUGAUAAAACAGGUGGAAUGCGUUGAUGAGCAUCACACCAACGAGGCCCUGGAAGAGCUGAUGCCCCUGCUGAAGCUCCAGCACGCCCACAUCUCUGUGUACCAUGAACUCUUCAUCACGUGGAACAGCGAGAUCUCCUCUCUGUUCCUCUGCCUGGUGAUGGAGUACAGUAAUGACAGCUUCCAGAAGGUCAUUGAGGAGAAGAGAAAGGAAAAGGCGAUCAUCAACUCUGAGUGGAUGCAGGACGUGCUGGGCCAGGUGAUGGACGCCCUGGAUUACCUGCAUCAGCUGGGCAUCAUUCACAGGAACCUCAAGCCCUCCAACAUUUCCCUGGUCAGCAACAGCCACUGCAAGCUGCAGGACCUGAGCUCCCACACGCUGAUGACCCACGAGGCCAAGUGGAAAGUCCGUGUGGAGGAAGACCCCUGUCAGAAGUCCUGGAUGGCCCCUGAAGCUCUCAACUUCUCCUUCAGUCAGAAAGCUGACAUCUGGUCCCUGGGCUGCAUCAUUCUCGACAUGGCCAGCUGCUCCUUCCUGGAUGGAAUAGAAGCUAUGCACCUGCGGAAGUCCCUCCGUCAGCACCCAGGCCACCUGAAGACUGUCUUGAAGACCAUGGGGGACAGGCAGAUCCCAAAUAAGGAAACCUUCUCUUCCCUCCUGCCCUCGAUGCUGCAGAUCGACCCAUCAGAUCGAAUCACUAUCAAGGAAGCGAUCUACAUCGCCUUUGUGAGCAGCUCGUUCAAGUCCUCAUGCAUCACUGUGACUCUGCACCAGCAGGUGAUACCCACGUUCAUCACCGACACACUGUUAGAGAGCAACAUUGCCAGCAUUUUAGAGAUCAUGGAGAACUUCUCCAGCCGCCCUGAAGUCCAGCUUAGGGCCAUGAAGAGGCUUCUGACAAUGCCUGAGGAUCAGCUAGGCCUUCCGUGGCCCUCAGAGCUAGUGGAGGUGGUGGUCACUAUCAUGAAGCAACACCAGAGGAUCCUCGACUUACAACUGUGCACCUGCUCCCUGCUGCUGCGCAUCUUAGGCCAAGCGCUAGCACGUGACACAGAAGCCCAGCCUCCGUGCACGAGCGUCAUCAUCUCCUUCCUGCUGAGCACCAUGCGGACCCACCCCGACUCAGAGCACCUCAUCACUCUGAGCUACAGCCUGCUCACCAUCAUCUCAAGCCAGGGCUCAGUCUCAGAAGAGCUGCAGAAGGAGGGGCUGUUUGAGCUCCUCCUAGAUCACCUGCAUCGCUUCCCUGAUGACAGGGAUGUCUGUCUCGGUGCCCUGGGCCUGCUCUGGUCACUCUUGGUGGAUGCUGUCAUUAUGAACAAAGCCCCCCUCGAAAAGAUCCCGGCCCUAGUUAUCCAGCUGCUGGACACUCACUCCAUGGAUGCGGAAAUGGCCGAGGCGGGCUGUGCAGUGCUCUGGCUGCUGUCCUUGCUGGACUGCAUAAAGGAGUGCCAGUUUGAGCCAGUCGUGGCACUGUUCCUGCAAAGCAUCCAGCUGUGCCAGGACAGAGUGCUGUUGGUGAACAAUGCCUGCCGCGGCCUGGCCAGCCUUGCGAAGGUGUCAGAGCUGGCAGCCUUCCGGGUGGCAUUGCUGGAGGAAGGUAGCAGUGGCUUCAUCCUCCUCCAAGAGAUCUACCAGGUCUACAAAGAUGACCCUGAGGUGGCAGAGAACAUCUGCAUGCUGCUGGCCCACCUUGCCUCCUACAAAGAGAUCCUGCCAGAGCUAGAGUCUGGUGGCAUUAGGGAACUGGUCCAGGAGAUGCUGGGGCGCUUCACCUCCAGCCUGGAGCUGAUUUCUUAUGCAAAACAGGUGCUCCUGAGAUUGGAGGCAGCUGCACUGGAAGAAGAGGGGAAGCAGCUUGCCUCUGCCACAGCAGGGGCAGAGGUCCCCAAGGACCUGCUUCAGGGAGGUCCUCUCUCCCAGCCCUGAAGUCCAACUUUUCCUG